AUGAACACAAUCGUCCUCGAUACCCCUCGCGGAAACGUUACUAAACGCUUCAGCAAUCGAGGCCGCAAGCGAGCCCAACAGCUACCUACUACUGCUCAUAAACGCGUUGGAAGGCCCUCAAAAAGAGCCCGAACGGAUUCACAGCUAUCGUCCUCCCCUACAUACUACUCGACCAGCCGCUUAGUCAACACUACCUACCCUAUCAGCUCAGAGGAGCAAGAGGAGGAACUACAACAGGCGAAUACGGAGAACACUGCGGAGAAUAUUGCGGAGACAGUCAUCAGCAGCAGUGACACAACAGGCCUACUCUCCACGAUCUCACACCAAUCCACUCAGCCAAGGCAAGAGAAGUCACGACAGCAGGCGAAUGCGGAGAACACUGCGGAGAACACUGCGGAGAUAGUCAUCAGCAGCAGUGACACAACAGGCCUACUCUCCACGGUCUCACACCAAUCCACUCAGCCAGUGCAAGAGAAGUCACUACAGCAGGCGAAUGCGGAGAACACUGCGGAGAAACCAAGCGGUAACAAGGCCACCAUCGUCAAGAACACGGCUCAGCUCUCCAAGAUCCCAGGUUAUAUGCUCUCCACGGUUCCACAUCAAAUCAUCACUCAGCAAGCGGAGAACACCACUGCAACUUAG